GCGCGCAACGCGUCCGCGAGCGCAUGCACCCGCGGUGAUACUCGGAGUCCAGCUUCCUCGGGCCAGCGCGUGUUACUUUUUUUUCUCCCCCCCAGCAGCCAAGCGCGCGAGUCCCGGGUGUCGCGCGCCGCGUCUCGCGUCGACCCCCCGCUGCGCGCUCCCGCUUCGCCUCGCCCACUGCGCCUCGGAAUCCUCGGGUAUGGAGCUGCCGCGGGACGGGCCGUCUCGUACGCGACGCGCAGCGCGUCCACAUAACCUUUAAGGCCGCGCGGGGACGUCCGUCCUCGCUCCGCUUCCGUCGCCUCGCACCCUCUCGCCCCGCGGUCGGCGCUCGACGAUCCGCUGAACGGGGGACGCAGCCCAGCGGGUCCGCGCGCGCGCUCGGUUCGCGUGAGUCGUCGCGUCGCACCAUUUGUUGCGCUGCGCUACACAUGCACUACGUCUUCGUCGUGCUGUACCUCACCAUGUUCAGUUUGAUUAUGUUCUGUAUACUUUUGUUCUCGCGGGACGUCAUCUCGCGGAUACAAUCCGUUCUGUACCUCUGAGCUUUCGUUUCCUUGUGUUCUCACCCGCUCUGGUUUUUAAUAAAUUCAGUUCUCUCGCAACUAUUUUUGUGUUUUCAUUUACCGUGCACACGCUCUCGCGCACGUUUACCGCCUCCACCGCCAUCCCCCGUCACGCCACUCCUCGCCUCACACCCGCACGGACUCUCUCAUACGUCCUUUACCCCGUAAGUAUGCGUCGUGAGUGAGAAUCCUGCGCUCGCUCCGCGUUGCGAUCAUCCUCGAUUUCUGUUUACGCCGCCGCGACUCCGCGAGUCUCGCUGGACCAACGCAGUCCUCUAGAUUCCUUCGUGGAGGACGCGCGGAGACUCGGUUGUCCCGGACGAAACGCCGCCGUUUUAGCGCGAGGGAAUGAGUGAGGUCACGUUUUUUUCCCCUUUCUUUUACUCACACGGGAGUAUUCUGUAGCCGAGUGAGAGGAGCGACAUGAGCAACGGUGAACGUCUCCCGCCGACUGCCGAGGCGAUGGUGCACUGAGAAGAAGCGUGUGGACUAAAGUAAUCGCGAGGGUAAACCCACCACGAGCUGCGAAGAUGAAUAAUCAGGCGUUCAGCUUGGCGGAGAGGCUGAUACCGUCGACCUACGUGCAGCAGGGCCUGAACGCCAAGAAGUCCCGCGAGAACCUUAUACGGCACUUUAUCGAGCACCGAAAAUGGCCAGAGGAGGGCUGGGACGACGCGACGAUAGAGGCGUUUCUGUCGGAUCUGUCGCAGAUGGACAGCAAUAACUUCCCCUCCAACUGCAGCGUCGGCGAGCGCGAGGCGAGGAUCGUGUCCAACAUCGUCGCGAGGCGACACUUUCGUAUGGGGCACGGCAUAGGUAGAUCCGGCGACCUAGAGGAAGUACAACCGAAGGCUGCUGGUAGCAGCUUAAUGUAUAAAUUAACCAACUCCUUAGUGCUCGAAGUUAUACGAUAUAUGGGAGUGAAGAGCAUAGCGGGCUGCUUCCUAUCACCAAUGGCCACGGGAAUGAGCCUAGUCCUAUGUAUGUUAACGCUUAAGCAGGACCGACCACGAGCGAAGUACGUUUUAUGGCCUAGAAUCGACCAAAAGUCUAGCUUCAAGUCUAUAAUCACGGCCGGCCUGGAGCCCGUCGUAAUCGAGAUGCAAAUAAUAGGGGACGAACUGAAAACCGACAUGCAGAGACUCGAGGCUCAGAUGGCGGCCCUGGGCGAGAGUGUCGCCUGCGUGCUCACGACGACCAGCUGCUUCGCGCCCAGAGCGUGCGACUCCGUGGACGCGAUCGCGGCCCUCUGCAGCCAGUACAACAUACCGCACCUGGUGAACAAUGCAUACGGCUUGCAGAGCACAAGAUGUAUGCAUCUGAUACAAGAGGCGUCGAGGAAGGGUCGAGUGGACGCUUUCGUUCAAAGCACGGACAAGAACUUCCUGGUGCCGGUGGGCGGCGCCAUCAUAGGCUCCUUCGACAAGAAUCUCUUAGAUCGCAUAUCGAAAAUGUAUCCAGGACGCGCGAGCGCGAGUUCCGUCAUGGACGUCAUGAUAACGCUGCUGAGUCUUGGGAUGGCAGGGUACAAACAAUUGAUUGCUCAACGUAAGGAAAUGUAUUCCUACCUGAAAGAGGAAUUGGGAAAGCUGGCGACGAGGCACGGCGAGAGGCUAUUAGACACUAAGGGCAAUCCAAUAUCCAUGGCUAUGACUCUUCAGUGCUUGAGCCAUCAGCACGACAACAAGCAAGUUACUAUGCUAGGAUCAAUGCUAUUUCUGCGUAAUGUUAGUGGUACUAGAGUAAUAACGACCACGGAUUCUAAGCACAUUGUUACACACAAGUUUGAAGGUUGGGGUGCACACAACAGCAAUUAUAGAGUUCCAUAUCUGACUGCUGCGGCGGCGUUAGGCAUGAAGAGGUCCGACGUGGAUGCAUUCAUACAAAGAUUGGACAAAGCUUUAACGAAAGUAAGGAGGCGUUCGGCGCCAGUGACGCCUACUGCUUCACUCGCCGGUUCCAGCAUCAAUGGCGAUGCAGGUGGUACCGGUGGACCAGGGGAGUCUAGCACAGCCUCAACCAGCCGUGCAAGUAGCAAAGACAGUUUAAGGAAAUGAACCGUAAUCAACGCAACUGGCCAGUCCAAUCAGCACAUUAAUAUCAAUUUGUAAGUAGCUUAUCGCUUACAAAUUGAUAUCCGUAGCAUGUUUCUGAGAAAUGUAACAUUUUGGUACAACCAUUCCUUUAUGAAUAUAUCAACCGCGUGCUUGUGUUGACGGGAGUUUUACGAAAUCUCAAGAAAUUUAAUACGAAACAACAACCUGAAACUUUUUAGAUGAGAAAUUGAUACAUUUUUUAUGAGAAAUGGCAGGAGCAUGUGUAUAUUUGGAAACGUUUCUUUUCUAAACGAGAUGCCGGAACAAGAUUCGUUGUUACGUUAAAAUUCCAUAAUACCGAAAAAAACGGUGAUCUACAUGUACUUUCACAGACACAUGCUAGAUACGAAUGUACUGAUUCGUCUGUCCAUUUGCGUUGAGAUGUUGUCAAUUUAAAUCAUAUACCAAAAGAGGGUGGAUGAGUCUUCAUUAAAGAGUGAUCAAAUUUAAUAUUUGAAAGGAAAAGAGAAUGAAACGAGAAACACGAGGCAUUCGGAUUCCUAUGGCUCUAUUUCAGAAAGAGAUCUAAGUGAUAAGCGCUGGCUGUCGAUACAAUUGUCGAGUAUGUUUUUUCGUUGAAAUGUAUAUGCUAUUAUUUAUGAAGACACAGGCAACAUUGAAUUCUUACAAUCUAACUCUUUUUUCCACCUUCUUGCUUUCUAAUGCAGUUUGAUAUAAACACGUAAGAUACAUGUAUCAAUCAAAAGAGAUUGUACGUUUGCUUUAUAUAAAAUAUAAAAUUCCUUUUCGAAAGGAAUAACUACGAAACUUUACAAUUCUGUCGAUACAUGUAGCGAUAUUCACUAUUCCAAUUGUUUAAUAAUAUUUAUCACGUUAUUCUCUCUUUAGAGCUGUCACGUUUCUGAUCAUUUAUUCACUUAUAUGCACGUGAUAGAAUUGAUUGUUAUUGCGUCGUGUGCUUUUGUUAUCUUUAAACGGAGACUAUGACAUAGAGAAUGAGAAUCUUUUUUCCUUUAUUUAAGUAGAAUAUAUUCGUGUUUACGGCACUAGUAAAAUGAUAUAUUAUCUGUAAAAAAAAAGGAAGCAGUAGUGAAAUAUUUAUGGAAACACACUAUUAGGAAAGUACGUCGAAAUUUAGGUACAUAGUACACAUAAUGACACAACGUGGUAUACGAACAUAUUGCAUUGAGUUUAUAGAAAGAUUGUAAUUCGCGUGUGUAGAUAUCAUACGUUCGGUGCGUUCCCAAUGACGACAAGAGUUAGAACACAAUAUUCGUAUUAAUCAAUUUGUUUUUAAUGCCGAUAGUAUUAUAUUUAAUUGUACUGUUGUGUAAUAAAUAGAGUAUUAUGUAUCUAGGGUGAGUACGUUACGCGAAUUAUAUAUUAAUAUUGUUUGAAAUAUUUAGUACUAUUCGCAAGCAAGCAAGCAACAUCAACGUACAAUUACUAGUUACUAACACAUACACGAUACACACAUUUAUACAUACGUAAAAAGUAUGUUUAUAUGUAUAUAUAGAUGCCUGCGUGCAUAGGUAUAUAUACAGAUAUAUUCAUACUUGUGCAAUUCGUUGCGUAUAAAGGAUAGUUUAUUUCAAGUUUCAUGCAAUUUAGAAAAUGGUAUAUUGAAGUUGUAUUUAUAAAUAUUUAAUAGAGAUAAAAGGAGAAGUAAGCCGAUAUAUAGGGAGAGGAUUAUUAGUGCUGUUAAAAUUUUAUCGAGGCAUAUAUAAUUUAUAAUACUGUUGCACUUUCUUUAAAUAGAUAAAUUAUUUAUAUUAUAUAUUGUUGACGUUUGGAGAUUUUGUAGCGUACACUUUAUGUCGAGUGUUGAAGGCGAAAAAUUCUUAGUCGGUAAAUCAUCCGGUAAACUGACAACAGCGCAAAAUGACUAUAAAUCACCGAGGUUUUCAAAGUAUUAUUAUUACGAGCGAGAGAAGCAAUGGUACACGCGGAUUAGCAUUUAAUUGUACGCUUAGUUUACGGCUUAUUAGGACGACAGAGUGCUAAUCGAAAUUUUGUCAAGCUCCUAGUAAUAAUUAUCAUUAUUCAAUACAUUAUCCUAAUAAUAAUUAUACAUAGAUCUAUAUUUUUCAAUUAAUUAUAGUCACUAUGUCCCUUAUAUAAAGAAACGGUCUCUUUUACGUACGUACAUAAAAUAUACUUUUUCCCUUCCACACAAAUAUUUAUGAUAUUAUAAUUUGCAGGGUGUUCUAGAUCCCCCCCACACCUUCUUAUCCAUGGGUCAUUUCAACUUUUCUAGAGAAUCGGUUCCAAAGUAAUCUCAAAGGGAAAUGUAAAACGUAGCUUGGUAGAUUUUGGAACCCUACACAUAUGGCAAUACUUAUACUUUUAGACAAGAAUAUCUACAUACAUAAGUUACGUACUGCUAUUGUAUCGCGCACCUUUCGACCAUUCGUUACCAAUUCUACGUUCCUUAAAUUAUUUAUCUCGAGGAGGAAAGGAACGCAGAAACAAGGUCUCUAACAUGUAGCAAAGGAAAUUGCAAAAUCACCGCUGUAAGGGGAUCGUGUAUGAUGCUAAAAUAACAGCAGGUACAUCGGCGCUACAAUAUUAUUUAACAAAGAGGAAUAUAUGUUGUGUGUAUAUAUACACAUAUAUACAUAAUAUACAUGUACGAGCGAUCUUUAUAUCAGCGAUAUCUCGAUGUAUUCAGGUGCUAUUAUCGAAAAAUCACGCCGUCUCGACUCUAUAUACCGAUAAUCUCACGGCUAUAAGUUUAUAUCUUUAUAUUUAAGAUUUACCCCCCUUUCACUUUACUUCAGCGAGCAAUAAUUAUCACAACGUAACGCGCAUGACACUGCGGGAUUAUCUUUCAUUCCACGCUCAAGCAAGGGGACAUUGGAUUCUCUCCAAGAGCAAUAGACAAAUCAGCCUAUAUACGUAUUUAUAUACAUGUAUAUAUACAUAUGCAUAUAUGUGUGUAACAAUAGGAGAAUAUUCUAGGGCACUGGCGUACGAAUGAUCCUGAUAACUCGUACUCGCGACACUCCUAUGUAAAUAAUACAAGUCUCUGUCUUGUUUCACCUCAACCUCCAUUUUCCAGCUGGGUUUCGUGCAAUUUUAAGAAAAAGGGGGUCAGCUUGGACCUACGCAUCGUUACACGCAAGCCUUUCGCGCAACAACGACGACCUCGCGGACCUAAUUUUUCCACUCUCUCCCUGAGUUUCGCGCCCGGACACAGGAUCGGUCCUACUCCGACUGCAGUUUCAUUGUCUUUUUAUAUACGAAAAAGAGAAAAGUUACAUAAAAUGAUAUUCUAACAUAGGCAGGCAGCAAAUGCGUCGACUCGAGGGACAACCACCUACGUUCGCAGAACAAAUGUGUAUUUAUAUAAGGGGUAAAAAAAGAAUAUAUAUAUAUAAAUAUAAAUAUACGCAACUAAGUCAUGCUGUAAAGUUUAGGGCGCCGGCAUGUAAUUGUGAGCGAGCAGUUGAGGCUUGUAUCGAGUGUACAUGUACGAUAUGAUAGGAACGCGAAGCGAAACGAGGCAACUCGCAAACGCGAGACGCGUUCCCCGAGGUGGAGCAUCCGAUUUUUUUUUCUUUAACGACGCGAGAAGUCCGCGACGCCGAUGGCAUUGUACAUAACGCGCGGCUUGCGGCUCAAACGGCUCAUCUUGGAAAAGACACGUGGGAGAAGCGAAGAGGGGCCUCGGGAGCUGAUAGAAGCGAAACGACCGAGAGGAAGAGGCUUGUACAGGAUUGGUCGGAGUGCGAGCGAAAACGGAGACGACCGGGGGUCCCGAUAUCUUCACGUUGUUUCUCCCUCGCCCCUGGAAAGCUGUUUUCCGCUUGACUCCCUCCCCACCGGUGAUUUGAUGGAAGACACCACUGAAUAUUAAUCAAAUAAUUAGCGAACAAUGUAAACGGCGUAAUGUACCGCCGGCUCUUCCCUAAAUAUGUGAUUACCGUGUAAUAGUCAGCGCUUUAUUUGUAAUAUACGCAACUAUUGAAUAAAUAAAUUAAAAACUGU